AUGAUCAAGAUACUGACAAGGUCAAAAAAGAGAAUCACAGUUUAUUAUGCAUCAGUGGCACUAUGGGCACUAUUAAUACUUACUUGGUACCACUACAACUACAAGCCAGAAAACAUUGUCAAUCAUUCAAUUUACGACAUCUAUGAUGAUCAUUAUGGCCAAACACCCAAGCUUAACCAACGACCAUCAAAUCCGAAACUAUCCGGAACUUCCAACAAUAAAAUGAACAGUAAUAACCCAUCACUUCCCAACACAGCCACUGAAUCAGAUCCACAAGGUGAAGACGGUGAGGAAGACGAUUACGAGUUUCCCGAUUUCAAAAACACAACGAUAUAUCAAACAUUACUUGAUGAUUACAAUAUAUCCAAAGAAAUUGAUUUCCAUUCAACUGUGUACGAUUCCAUUUUCGAACAACAUUCAUUAGAUUCAGUAUUGGGCAAUCUAAAUUUCAAACAACGAUGUGAUCUAUAUUUUAAGCAUAUCUUUUUGAAUAAUCCUAAUUGGAUAUUUGAUCCUAAUGAAAACUAUAAUGUUGUUUGGGGUGCCCCAUUUCAGGUGUAUAAAAAGAUGCAUAAGGAAGAAUUGGAAAGGGAGUUUAAAAAGAAGUUAAAAAUGCAAGAUCAGGAGGCUGUUGAAGAGCCCUCUAAAGAGCCAACUGAAGUUGAAUUGCACUUGAAAUUGCAAAGACUACAACGGAUAGAACAUCAGAAAGAACAAGCUUUGAAACAGCAAAAAGCACAACUCAAGCAUCAACAACAGCAAAAGCAAAAGCAACAGGAUCAAAAUCAAAAUCAAAAUCAGAAUGCACCAGCACAGCCACAAGGUAAUAACGGGCCAGUAAUGAACCAGUUGGAUGCAAGAGAAGAGCUGCUGUUUGAAAACUCUCCCGACUUUGUGGAAUUCCAACGAACAUCAUACGCCAAAUGGAAAUCUCACGAAAUGGAUCAAAAAAUAGUUGACAAUGUAAGCGUAUUGAGAUUAUACAACAAAUGUUACGUCACCAAUGAUGAAUCGCAACAACAACAACUGACUAAAAGAUUCAUCAAGGAUCAAAAAACAUUAAUACGACAAAUUGACGAUGAAGUGACGCAAAUUCCCAAAUUCACUCCGUCUGAUCAAGAAAAACGUAUUGCUGAUGUUGAAUUUAGUGAAGUUUUCCAACGUCGCGUUUAUCCCUGGCUCUCAUUUGAAUUACCGGUAUUUGAACGAUGGACGGGUGAUAUUUCCAACUUGCCGCCAAAUUAUCGUGACAUACUCAAUGAUCCAAGUCAACCAGUAGCUAAAUCUACCAAACUAUCGAGCAGCAAUUUCCUCAAGAGUUAUAAAGGUUUAUGUCAAGGUAAAGGAAUCGUUUUAUCCAUUGCUGAUAAACACGUUGAUGAUAGCGUGAGCUUGAUCCAUUUACUCCGUGCAUUAAACAACAAGUUGCCUAUCCAAAUUGUUUAUUUUGAUAAUUUGAGUGAUGAUACAAAGAGGAGGAUAGUUACUGCUGCUCGUGAAGACUUUUCCCAUUUACCACAAUCCUAUUACAAAAUUGCCCAUUUGUUUCCUUCCGAUUACCUUGACCCUAAAUCAAAGGGUUUACCCAAGCAAGAAAUUUGGUUUGUAAAUACCGCCAGCGUGAUUAACGAACGUUACAAGAUGAAGUUUGGUGGAUUUGCCAACAAGUUGUUGGCUACGUUUUUCAAUUCAUUUAAUGAAAUGAUGAUUAUUGAUGCUGAUACAGUAAUGAUGCAAAACCCUCAGGAAUAUUUUAAACUUCAAGGUUAUAAAGAUACCGGAACCUUUUUUUUCCGUGAUCGAGCCGUUAUUCAGAAUCGAGCAUUACUGGAUGGUGAAUUUUUCAAAAAAGUUUCGCAAUCAACUGUUGAUUCACUCAUGUUUGAUGUUCCUUUACUUACUGACUAUACACUACGUCGUGAUUAUUUCCGGGGGUUGCUACAUACAAUGGAAUCAGGAAUGGUGUUGAUCAAUCGUCAAUUACAUUUCAACUCCAUUCUCAUGAUUGUUCACAUGAAUUUCAUGCAUCCUUUAAAACGUCUUUCCUAUGGAGAUAAAGAAUUGUACUGGCUUGGGUUUGCCCUUGCUGGUGAUGAAAAUUACCACUUCAAUAAACAUGGAGCAGCAGCAAUUGGACAAAUGACAGAUCCACAAGAAAGAUUACGACCAGAUGGAUCGCUCCACAACUCCAAGGAGUUGUGUUCACCCCACCCAGGUCACAUCAAUGAAGAAAACAAUCAUACUUUACUAUGGAUCAAUUCAGGUUUCCGAUUCUGUCAUCAAGCACCCAUGGUCAAUUUCGCCAAAGAAGUGACAUUGGGAUCAAGAUUGAGAUUUCUCCCACAAACAGUGGAAGCAUUCAGGACUUUUUAUUACAGUCCAUUACGUAUCAAAACGGCAAUUGUCCCACCACAAGAUCCUGAAAUACAUCAUCGAUGGAAUAAACAAGAUGAACCUACUCAUGGUUGGUUUAUGGAUCAGCACUAUUGUCAAAAGUAUCUUUGGUGUGGGUAUUCAGUGAUUGGUGGUAAAGUUAGUGAAGAUGAGGAUAACACGAUGGAAGGGUUGGUUAUUGAAUAUAGUUCAAAAGAGAGAGCCAUGUUUGAUUAUUUGGGAGACAUUUGGAUCGGAAUGGAGUAG